GUUCACUUUUCAAAACUACUAAAAGACGUUUGGAAUAUUGCCAGUAAAAUGAAAAGAAGCACUUUAUUUCUCUGUGGUCUUCUUCUGAAUGUCUGUUUUGCUAACGGUUAUGAAGAAGGUUUCAUCAAACUGGUAGGAGGUCAGGAUAACUCAGAGGGCCGUGUGGAGAUCUUCCAUAACGGAGCUUGGGGAACUGUGUGCGAUGAUGACUGGGAAAUUAAGGAUGCCCAAGUUGUGUGUCGGCAGCUUCAUUACCCUGGAGCGAAAGAAGCUCUAGGAUCUACUGCUUUCGGCCAAGGAAGUGGAAACAUCUGGAUGGAUGACUUAGCCUGCACUGGAAAUGAAAUAAGCCUGCUUCAGUGCACCUCUCCUGGAUGGGGUGUCCACAACUGUGGUCAUUCUGAGGAUGCAGCCGUUAGGUGUGAAAUUGGAGCUGAGCCUAACACGAGGGACCUUACCCCGGAGUACACUUUGGACCACAAUGCAACCCUCCCGGAGCAGCUGGGGGAACUGUUUGACAGUGAACAUGACUGUGACUUGAACAUACCAGUGGUGGUGGACAACAGCACUGUAGAGACAGUCUGUGCUCACAGUGUCAUACUCUUCUUGAACCCAAACCUCAAAGCUUCCCAGCCAGAUUUCCAAAGACUCAGAAUUAAUGUUACUUCUGACUGCAGUCAGUAUGCCAGGACAUUCGUCAGAUACAUCUACACAAGAAAAGUCAAAUUCACUAUACCCUCUGCCUACUGCAUAAUCAAGAUGGCAUCUGACUGGGGCCUGCAAGAUCUCCAGAAUGAGGCAGCAAAGGUUUUCAGGGAGUUUCUACCAGAAGAUUCCACUUUUCAGAGCCAGAUCUCUUUCUGUCAGUAUGCAGUUGUCAUCAAUGACGAGGCUCUGAAAGAUGUCUGUAUUCGUUACUUGGCGUGGAACUGUGAGGCCCUGAUCGAUUCUCCAGCUUGGACCAAACUUCCUCUCUUUAUAGUCAAAGCUCUUCUUUCAAGCUCAGAUAUUUUGGUUCGUAACGAAACUGUCAUUUUGCACGGACUGGAGAAGUGGGCAGCUGCACAGGAAGACACCACCAUUCCCAAGAUCCUUUUGAAGCUUAUUCGUUUCCCAAUGAUAUCAGCUGAAGACCUAUACAGAUUGGAUGGUUCACAGUAUCACACCAGCAAGCUGCAGGGUUUUCAGUUCAAUGCUCUCCCCAUCAGCAUCAUCCUCAGUGACAUGACAGAGCAGCGGAACAUCUAUACGCCCAGGAUUUACAACGGCCCAACAUGGAGCUUCACAUUCAGCACCCAGGAGGUCAGAGCUUACAACCAUUCUGGUCACUACAUUUUUAAGGGACAGCAGAUGGGAACCCUCACAUCGGACUUCCAAACACCUGUUCAUAGCAGUUCUUACUUUGCGUUUCAAACUGUGAUCUGGCAAGCAAAGGUACUUGUCAGUGAAAAAGAUUGCACAAGAGAAAGCGUGAGUUGCUCCUCUUUGCCAGCAGUUAGUUUAAAGAUUAAAGAAAAACAGGGUAACUUACCCAGUGAAAUGGCCGACCGCAUUGGUUACCGAAAUAGGAUUGUUCUCAAGUGUAAAGAGAGGCAUGUUUUUCACAUUGAUGAGUUUAAUUCUGUCAAUAGUGACAACCUUAUAUUUAUUCCAAGCCUUGCAGAACAGACUUACCCAUGCCACUCAGGAAGGUUAUCAUAUCAAGUGGUGGUGUGCCCUUAUUACUCUACUUGACUGGAUUAGGUCUUCUCAUGAAGAUUAAGCAAUCCUAAAAUAUCUCCCUGGAGAUAAGCACCAGCAUUCCUCCCAAACCCACCAGGGAGAAGGGUGUAAGAAAAUGAAUGGAUGGAUUUUUGAAGCAUUUGGGCGAUUGUAUUCAGUCAUCUUUCUCCCAUUUGUUUGUUGCCUGUGCUUAUAAUUGACUCUUCUAAUAAAAAGAAAAACAUGU